AGUUUAGACGAAGUUCUGCUGACGAUGUAAAUGAUGUUGGGGCUGCCCUUUAGAUUACAGCCAUCGGCAACAACAGACAUCUCUAUAUAAUCUUUCUCCUCUCUACUUCUCCCACUUCUCUUUCUCUCUCUCUCUCAAAUACACAUACACAAAACAAAAGGUUUCAAGAGUGAGAGAUGGCCUCUUCUGACGUUGAUGAAUCAGUGGUUAAGGUUGAUAAGUACAGAUCACAUAUGUAUGGGGAAGGAGAGAAGUAUACCAAAUGGAGGUUUGGUGCUCCUCCCAACUAUGAUUUGGUGGACAGACUCUUUGAAGAAGGCCGAACUCAAGAAUGGUCAAAAGGAUCAUUGGAGGAAAAAGUGCAAAAUCUUGUCAAGACAUGGGAGAUGGAGAUCAUUCAUAAAAUCUCCCCUGAGGACUAUAAAUCAAUAAACGUUGAAAAAUUUACAUUCAGCGUGAAUGGGGGGAAACCGAUGUCACGUUCAGAGACAUCAAAGCUUGGAAGCUACAACUUAUUCUUGCAAACCUCCAUGCCAAAGCACUUACUUGAAUACGACCCAUCUGUUGAAAUGCCCGAAUCGUCCCAGCAAGUUUUCGUAGCCACAUUCCCUCGUGGAUUUGCUUUGGAAAUUCUUCAGGUUUAUUCAGGUCCUCCGGCGAUUGUCUACAAGUUCAGGCACUGGGCUUUCAUGGAGGGUCCUUUCAAAGGCCAUGCUCCCACUGGGGAGAAGGUGGAGUUCUUCGGUUGAUGAAUCAAUGCGAAUCGAAAAGGUGGAGUUCUUUUAUGAUCCCAACAAACUGCUGGCCAGUCUUAUCAAAAACCCUAGCUCGAAUGAGACGGGGGCCUCAAAUAAUCCAUCUCCUGGUUGCCCAAUUUUCAACAACAUCUAGCUGCUGAAACUCCUGUUUUAGUGGUCUACCAGGAAAAGCAAAAUUCAUGUUCUGUGACUGUCUUGCUAUAUAUCAUGUAAUUCCUAAAUUCCAUAUAUACUACCUUAGAAGCAGCGUUUUGAGUGUGAAGUAAGAUAAGGUCUCUACUCGUUGUAGCGGAGACUUGGGAUCUAAUCUCGCUUUCACUAGGGUUGGGGUGUGAUGGGUAAGAGUGAUUCUACUACUUAAGUGAUUUGUGUAUUAAAUAAAUGAUAAAUGUAUGUCCAUGUCAAAUACUCUUUA